AUGGCGGAGAAGUUCGACUCGCUGGAGGAGCACCUGGAGAAGUUUGUGGAGAACAUCCGUCAGCUCGGCAUUAUCGUCAGCGAUUUCCAGCCCAGCAGCCAAGUUGGCCUCAACCAGAAAUUGAAUUUCAUGGUGACGGGCUUGCAGGAUAUCGACAAAUGCCGGCAGCAGCUUCACGAUAUUAGUGUGCCCUUGGAAGUUUUUGAAUACAUAGAUCAAGGCCGCAAUCCUCAGCUUUACACUAAAGAGUGCCUGGAGCGAGCUUUGGCUAAAAAUGAGCAAGUAAAAGGAAAAAUUGACACAAUGAAGAAAUUUAAAAGCCUGUUAAUCCAAGAACUGACAAAGGUGUUCCCAGAAGACAUGGCAAAGUACAAAGCUAUUCGAGGAGAAGAUCCUCCUCCUUAGGUUGACCUUUGAUAGCUCUAAUAAAUUCCUAUUCCAUAAACUGAUACAGCUCUAUAAAAACAUAGAUUGGAGAGAGGAGGAGUCCAACCUGUCAUAACACCUGCAUUAAAAAUGGCAGCAAUGGACUGUAGAGGAGCUUGGUGAUUGCUGAUUCUGGGCUGAAGCUACUGAAUCUGUCUGAAGACUUUUACUCAAAGAUUGCAGUUGAAACUUCCUAGGGUAAUCU